CUUGGCAGCCAGAUAGCGGCAAGCGAGGCUCGUUUGAAGAACACCUCCUCGGCUCCUUAAAACGUGCGAAGCUCGAUGGAAUUGAGCAGUAAGAAAUAAAGUUUGGGCAAGCCAGUAAACAUCUUGGAUGUCUCCAUUAGACAGGGAUACAGCUUUAUCUGCCCAAAAUAAAGCCGUUUUGUACAAAUGCAUGUCUAUAUAUUGUCGAACAAGGUUACGAAGUUGAGAGAUAUCAACCUUCCCGCCAGUCGCCAUGUUGGAUUUUUGGGGAAUACCGCUUGCACGUCAUAAAUUUACCGUUGGCAUAAAAUUCUUUUGUGGGGGUGUGGAGAAGGGAGUUUAAAAAAUAUUGAUCUACUAAUUUAGUUAUCUUUUAGUCCUUUGAUUUUUGCUUCCCUCUGAAUCAAAGUUAUAUACCUUAUGUAUGGUUCUGCAUUAUCGAUAUUUCAAAUCAAUUCUCAAACUUUUAUUCCUUAUUGAUUCGUCCUUUCAGCUCUUGGCACCUCUCCCCACAGGCCAAUUCGACUGGCCUGCAAUAGUGGGGAAAUGGCCGCGAAUUGAGGAGGAAUGUAGUUAAUGAGUAGUUUUCCCUUUGAUUUCUUCACCGCCGUGUCCUCAUGAGGUUUAUGGUUGCCAUAUGUUACGAGAUAUUGGUUAGUUUCUGCUGAGUUGUGGUUAUUACAACUCCAGGUUUUGCGAUCAUGUCUUCCGGAGAGAAACUUCCCAAAGGCAAGAGCAAGAAAGCUGCUCCAAAGGCCAAUUCUACAAAAGGUAAAGAACCUCAGCUGAACGACCAUCGAUUCCGAGGAGAAGGAGUAAAAUUCAAGUGCAAGCUUGUAGGCACAACAGAUGUAAACAAUGCGAGAGGCACAAGCCUUAAAGCUGAAUAAAGAAAGCAGGGAGCACAAGCAGAAAAUAAUAUUCUAUACCUCUUUGAAAGGAAUCAGGAUAGUGGAUGAGAAGACUCAGAAAGUGCAGCAUGAACAUCCAAUCAAUAAGAUAUCAUUUAUCACUCAUGACCCAGAAGACAAGAAAGUAUUUGGAUAUGUGUGUAGUCAGCCCUGUACUACUGGACAUAAACUUUAUGCUAUUAAGUCUGAAAAGCCUGCAGGGAGUGUCACUGGUACUUUGUAUGAAUUGUUUCAAGUUGUAUUUAGACUUCGACAAGAGGCUGGAUUAACAAAAAAGGUUCCAAACAAUGCUUCUCAGGUUUCAAAUGGUCCAAGCUCACAAGAAGGAAUUUAUGAGGUGCCUUACAAAAAUGGUAACAAUAAACAAGCUACGCCCAGUGCACAAGUUGAUCAUGAAUAUGAGCCAGUGAACAUACCAGUGAAUAAAACUGAUUCACAUUAUAAAGUUCCAAGGACUCCACCUGUUCAGCCAAAACUUUCAGAACCUCCUUCUGAAAGUGACAGAGAGGGAACUGAGGCAGCACCCUCAACAGGUUUUCCAAGUUCCUCUUCUCUUCUCAGUCCAACAUUCAUGAAUAAGGAUCCUGAUCAAGUUUCACAGGUAUCCAUGGAGUCACCAUUUCCUGCCCAUGAUGGCACCAGUGCUGACUUGGCAUUCUUCAGCUCCUCUGUGUUUGAUCAUGCAGCAGGUGAAUCAGGAGCAGCAGACACAGUAUCUGUGGCAUCAGCUGACAUAUCAGUAGUGAGAAGUGGUUCAGUGUCCUCUGGAUCAUCAGAGACACAUUCUCAACACACUAAGAGUGGACACUCAAGGAGUGGUUCUCUGGUGAAUCAGAUGGGUCCUAAUGAAGGAUCUCAAGCUGAAUUUGCAACUAACUUUGAUGAUACAAAUGUGUGGACUCCCUCCUUUGGUAACAAUGAUGGACAGGAAGGAGACGAGGCACCAAAAAGUGGAAGCCUUGAAAACAAAGUAGCUCUUUUCCCCCCUCUUACUGAUGCUAAGAGAGAGGACCAAAUAGAGAUGCCAUCAGCUUUGGAGACAUCAAGUGGUUUAGAAAGCAGUUCAGACCCUUUUGCACCAUCAGAUGGGUCCACAAGAUUGAAUGAAAUAGCCCAGCCUACUGGUGAUAAUUUGUUCACUGAAUCAUUUGCAACAUUCGAAGCAUCAUUUGACAAGGCUGAGAUGAAAAAUAACAAAGAGAACCCCUCCUGUUAUGACCCUUUUGCUGCCUCAAGUGAUCUUCAAGAUAAGGACACUGCCUUUGGAAGUGCUCAACAACAGCACAACUCUGCCAGUGUCCAAGAUCAAAGUCAAGAAGACAAUGGUGAUGAGGAAACAGUUGACUCUGAGAGGUCAGAUAAAACUGUUGAAAAGGCAGCUGUAAGUUUCUCUUGGGACAAUGCAUUUGAAGAUACAAACACAACUUCCCAACCAGAAACAACUCAGAGCACUACUACAACACAAGGACAGUUCUCUUGGAUUGAAAGUUUUACUUCUGAGGAUGUUGAAACUUUGCCAAAAGCUGACCCUGUAACUUCAACUGGAGUUUUUUGGGAUGAUACCUUUGGUGAAGCUGUGGCAGCUGAAAAAGAAUCUUCCAACCAAGCAGAGGAACCUUUCUCAUGGGAUAAUGCCUUUGGUGGAAUGGUUGCAGAUAGUAGCAAUGAGCAGUUUGACCAAUCACCAUUUGGUGAUCCUUUUAGUGUUUCAUCAACUGUGGAGUCUAGUACUGGUUCAAUUGAUGUGUCACAGCAAAGUGAUCAGCCAGCAUCACAGCAUGCUAUCUCUAAUGAUCUUGAAUUAGGUGGCUCAGUGUCUAAUGUACAGUCAGAGUUACAGGCUGAUGUUCCUCCUGAUGAAGCACUUCCUGCGCCUGCAUCAAAAUCUGAAAGUGACACACUUGUCUCGGAUACUCUUGGAUCUGGUGAUCAACCUGGAGAUCUCUUUGAAGAGCUGAAGAUUUCUUUUCAAGGUCCAGACAACCAGAAGAAGGCAGAUAUUGAGGAAAGUGAUGAAAGCUCAGAGCCUGAAAUCAGUAAACUUAGUGAAAAUGUUUUAUUUGGUGCAGAAAAUGCUUCAAAUGAAUUGGGGGCUGAUGAAAACAAGGACACAACUAAGGUAAUGAAUCAGAUGGACAGUGCUUUAAACUUAGCAAAUGAAGAAUCUCCACCCUCAGACACCAAAGAGGAAGAGGUCAAGAAAGAAAAAGAUGGAAAUUCAGAGCUCCAUAUCCAGGAAUCAAGUUUUUCAAUCUCCCAACGUUCCAUCUCUCCAACUGUCCCUCCUCCUCUUCCACCACGCCCUGCAUUAUCAGCCCCUCCUCUCCCAGCCAGACCAGCAAGCUUCAACUCAACUUUGUCACCCAGAAUUUCCCCUUUCAGUCCCCAGACAUCCACAGGGCCACCAGCAUCAAACUCUCCACAUCAAGGGAAGAGGAGCAGUGCAAAGAAAACCCCUCCUGCACUGCCACCUAGAGUAGAUUUGAAUGAGAAAUCACAGAACAAGUCUUCAAAUGUAACAGAGGCAUUUCCAGAUCCAUUUGGUGGAGAUGUAUUUGGUCAGAAGUUUAAUGAUAACAAAGUGAUAACUCAAGAUGAAACCUCUGAUUGGGCCACAUCAUGGCCUAAUUCAGUGGAAGUUUCUUCUGCAGGGAAAGGCAAAGACCUUUCUGAUCCUUUCAGUGAAGACUUUUUUACAAACUUUGACUUUCCUCAAAAGUCUAGUGGGGAAAGUAUUAAAGUUGAUCCUUUUGGUUCAACAAAAGUACCCUCUGAAAUUUUUCCAUCAGAAUUGGAAAAUCAAGAUAUGUUUGCACAGUUUACCCCUGGUAAAGGGGAAGGUGUAUUUGACAGUGGAGAUCCUUUUGAAAAUGACUCUUUUGCAGCAUUUCCUGCAGAUGAUCCUUUCAGCGAUAUAAGUGACCCUUUUGCAGACAAAGGAGUUUUAGGUGAGGAUCCAUUUACUGAUAGUCCACGAAAGCCACAGUCUGGGAAUGCUUUCACUCUCAAUGAGAGCUUGGUGGCAUCUGAUGAAGAUUCUUUUGCCUGAGAAACAUUGCAGUUACAAGAUGCUAAGUGCCAUUGCAUCGAAGGUCUUGCAUAUUUUUACUGACAGAUGUGAUGUUUACUUAUGGAUUGGAUUAAUUAUUUAAUAUGCAGUAUCAAAUGCAUGUAACCUUUUUACCUUAAAAUCAGGGUAUUAAGAUUAUUAAGUUAAAGACAAUAUAGUUUUAACAUUCAAAGAUGGAUAAUCUGGGUGUGUAACCUUGGUACUGAAAAUGUGUUUCUGUAAUCUAAAUAUCAGUGGCAUGUGACUCUUCACACCAUUUUAGUUUCUUUGGGUUAUGACAUGCACAUGCCAUAUCAAUUUAAUAAGACAGAAACAACAGUUUGAUUAAUUCAUGAAUACAUCAAGAUCAUGUAUACAAACUUACUGCAGAUGGAAAGCAAUAAUAUUGUCAUCAGCCAACAACUUUUAAGGGUAAUCACAAGUUUAUUGUGUAAAGAAGGCACAAACCAAGCAUACUUACUGAAUUAACAAUUUGCAUGCUGUUUUGAUAAUGACUAUUUUGAGAUAAACUUACAGUUUACAAGUAAUUUUCCUGUUAUGACUCAGUUGAGGUCCUGUCUGAGGGUAGUUGAAAACCAAGGCUGAAAAUUAGAAAUUAUUAAAACAGGAGUACUUUGUUACUAAAUAUUAAAAAAGAAUCCAGCACUAUAUAGAACAAAUUUAUCACAAUAUAACAGCAAAUUAUUUUACAGUUUUGUAUGUCUGCCUCUGCUCACUGCAAAGUGUAAAUAGAAUUCUGACAUAUUAGUAACUCUACUGUGUUAUAUUUCCUAAUCUUAGGAAUGAUAAUAUGCUGAAUAUUCUGAUCAGUGGCAAAAAAUAUAAAACAAUUGGCAAUUUGUUGGUCAGAGUGUAUUUUGUAGACAUCCCUCAAGAAGUUAACAAACAAUUUUUUUUUGAGGGUUUGAGUUAGAAUUUGUUAUUGCUGCUGUAGUUAACAGUGUUUGUUUAUAAAACAUAUGACAAUAAUAUUACUUUGAUAGUGGCUUGUGAUUAAAGGAGUACUAAAAUACUGAAUUUUAAAAUGAAAAUUGUGUUGUUAAUACAUUUCAAAGACAGUACAGCUAGAUAAUACUAUGUUAUGUUAUAUAUGAUUGCCAAGCACAUGCUGUGAAUGUUAAUUCUGAUAGUAACUGUUGUUAAUGCGUAUGUUUUAUAGUGCAUUAAAUUUGAAAGAAAUAUGAUGUA